CUCCCCGAGUCCCCCCCUCCUCAUUCCUUCUAUCUCUCUCCCGUUCUCCGCCUCCGCAGGGCUCCAAAAAUUUGCGAUCACUCCGCGCAAAAUGGCGAGCACCCAAAUCCGCCACCUCCGUCCACUCUUCCUCCUCGUCCUCGUGGCUUCGCUGCGAUGCGGAGCGGUGGCUGGGGACGGAGACGGUGGCGAGGGCUUCUGCUCGGCAGAGCCGUCGAGCGAGUGCUCAGGGGGCCAGCCGCUCUACUGGAAGGUCACCCACCCCACCCUCGCGCCCGCGCACCUCCAAGAUUUGCCUGGCUUCACACGUAGCAUUUUCAAAAGGGAUCAUGCUUUAAUAACACCAGAAAGUCAUGUAUUCAGUCCUUUGCCAGAUUGGAUCAAUACAUUAGGUGCAUAUUUGAUCAGUCCAGCCAUUGGUGCGCACUUCACCAUGUACAUGGCAAACAUGCAAGAUGGCUCAACAUCAGCCCUACCACUGAAAGAUGUUGAAAGGCUCAUUUUUGUACUACAAGGGAGCAUCUCAUUGUCUGUGGAGACUGGAACUACCCAUUCUCUGUUGGUGGAUUCCUAUGCGUAUCUUCCUGCAAACAUAAAACAUUCUAUGAUAUCAGAUGAAUCAACCACUCUUGUAAUAUUUGAGAGGAGGUACACCGCUACCGAGGAUCCCCCCCCUGAUCUAAUUGUCGGUUCAACAGAUAAGCAACCCCUUCUUGAAACUCCAGGAGAGGUAUUUCAACUGAGGAAGCUGCUACCAACUUCUCUGCCUUAUGACUUUAAUAUUCAUAUAAUGGACUUUCAACCAGGCGAAUAUCUCAAUGUGAAGGAGGUUCAUUACAAUCAACAUGGACUUCUGCUUCUAGAGGGGCAAGGAAUAUACAGAUUGGGGGAUAGCUGGUACCCUGUGCAAGCAGGCGAUACCAUUUGGAUGGCACCGUUUGUUCCUCAGUGGUAUGCUGCCCUUGGUAAAACCAGGACCAGAUACUUGCUGUACAAAGAUGUUAAUAGGAACCCAUUGAUAUGAUCAAAGAAACCAUUCUCGUUGGAUACCAAAAUAAGGCAAUAACUGAAAAUGCGGAGCUGUACCAGCUAUGAAGAAGUUAUCUGGAGAUGGUUACAGGAAGGAGAAAAAAAAAGGAUCCAAUUGUACACUGAGAAGUCUCAGAACCAAUUGACGUGGGAAUUCAGAUGUGCACUUGUGAUGUUUAUGACUACUGAUAUUUGGUGACUGGUGAUACAUUUUUAAAUGUGAAAACUUCCUGUCCCGUGUUAUGGACAACACAUGACAAGUUGGAUAUGCCGUGGCACCUCAGAAAUCUCUUUAUGGUCAAUCCUAUGAUUUUAAGUUGUGGUUCUAGAAACAUUUCUUAAUAAAAAGAUGGGUGCCUUUUCUUCACCAUCUCAUGAA